AUGAAGAAACUUCAACACGUGAUCCAAAUCCUCUCCAGUCCCCGUUUACCUCCUGUCAAAUGUGGCAGCGGGGAACGUGUAUUAGGAAGAGAACUCGAUGUCAAUUAG